AUGCUUAAUGUACAUGAUAAAGAUUAUAGAGUUCUGGAUUUGGUACGACAACGUGAAAUACAGGAUUCUGUAGCACGUGCAGUCUCUCAGAAACUACAUGUCACAGAAAAUUUGAUUUCUCGGUUAGGAUUAGAGAAAGAAUUGGUUGGGCAUAAAGGAUGCGUUAAUUGCUUAGAAUGGAACGAAAGUGGACAAAUUCUUGCUUCAGCAUCCGAUGACAUGAAUAUUAUCUUAUGGGAUCCAUUUCGAUAUGAAAAAAAAUUGGUACUACGAACAGGUCAUGAAGGAAAUAUAUUUUCUGUCAAGUUUCUGCCAAAAUCAAAUGAUAGUAUACUAGUAUCAGGUGCUGGGGAUGGCAAAGUACGAGUUCGUGAUUUAACACUUCUUGAACCUAUACUUAUAUGCAAUUGCCAUAUAGGCCGUGUCAAACGCAUUACCACUGCAUCUACUGUACCUUUCCUCUUUUGGAGUGCUGCAGAAGAUGGUCUUAUUUUACAACAUGACAUUCGUACACCACACACCUGCAGAAACAAUGAAUCUAAUACUGUGUUAAUAAAUCUUGUUAACCAUAUGGGUCGGUAUGCAGAAGCCAAAUGUAUCGCCAUAAAUCCAAAAAGACCAGAAUUAAUAGCCAUUGGAGCCAAUGAUGCCUAUAUACGAAUGUACGAUCGCAGAAUGAUUAAGCUGUCUCAGAGAGGAAAUUUAAGUAUGCACCAUGCCGGUGCAGGUGAUCCAGAUGAGAAUAUACCAUUGGGUUGCGCACAGUAUUUUAUCGCGGGCCAUCUGCACUCUCGACAGCGUGACAAUAAUAGGAGUCUUACUACUACCUACUUAACCUUCAGUGCCGAUGGGAAUGAACUUCUUGUUAACAUGGGCGGUGAACAGAUUUAUUUGUUCGACAUCAACAAUCCAAAGAAUGUGAAGACCUGCUUUGGUUAUACUACUAAUGGUUAUUCAGGAGACUUUGGGAACUGCUACCUGGAGAAAAACGGCGAGGACAAUGCGGAUUAUACUAAGAAAAAUGUGAAAGUUCUGCCACCUUAUGUAGAGGAAUUAAAAUCUCAAGCUAAUGAAAAUUUUGAGCAACAGAAAUAUGCUUUGGCAAUUACUUUAUACGACAAGGCAAUUAGUUAUUGUCCUACAGCUGCAGUGCUUUACGCUAAUAGAGCUGCCGCAUAUAUGAAACGUACUUGGGAUGGUGAUAUAUAUGCUGCUCUUAAAGACUGUCAAACAACAUUACUUCUUGAUCCAGAACAUGUAAAAGCACGUUUUAGACUGGCACGUUGCCUUUUUUAUUUACAUCGAGCAACUGAAGCUGAUAAAGUACUUAAAGAAUUUCAACAAAAGUUUCCGGAGUAUGCAUCUAAUUCUGCGUGUAAAGCAUUAAAAAUGGAUAUAAAGGAAGCUUUAGAUUCUGGUGGAGAUAGUAACACGAGUCAAUCGAUGCUACAAAUAUCAGAAUAUGAGGAAGAAUGGCGACGUAACACGAUUGACUAUAAGAUGAGAUUUUGUGGACACUGUAAUACUACAACUGAUAUAAAAGAAGCUAACUUUUUUGGAAACAAUGGUCAGUACAUUGUAGCAGGAUCAGAUGAUGGUUCCUUUUUUAUUUGGGAUCGUCAUACAACGAAUAUUAUUCGCGUACUAAGAGGAGAUGAACGCAUUGUAAAUUGUCUUCAACCUCAUCCAUCUACAUGUUUAUUAGCUACUAGUGGUAUUGAUCCGGUAAUCAGAUUAUGGAGUCCUUUACCUGAGGAUGGUAGUGUUAACGAAAGGGAAAUUCAAAAUUUAGAAGACGCUGCAACCGCAAAUCAAAUACGUAUGAACAGCGAUCCAUUUGAAGUAAUGCUCAUGAAUAUGGGAUAA